AUGGGUUGCAUUGAAAGUGAAAGACAGGCACUUGUAAGGCUCAAGCAGGAUCUCAUUGAUUCUUCCAACCGCCUAGCCUCUUGGACUGCUGCUGAUAAAUAUUGCUGCGCAUGGACUGGUGUUAUCUGCGACGACUUCACCGGUCAUGUAUUUGAGCUCCACCUUGGAUAUCCUAACUAUACUUAUGAUCAGAGGUUAAGGUUUGGUGGUAAGAUUAAUUUGUCUUUGCUUGAUUUAAAGCGUUUGAUGCACUUGGACUUAAGUGGUAAUCGUUUUGAAGGAAUUCAGAUUCCGAAGUUUCUUGGUUCAAUGAAGAAUUUAAGAUACCUUGAUUUGUCUGACUCCCGGUUCGUGGGAAUGGUUCCUCCUCAACUUGGAAAUCUCUCUAAUCUACGGCAUCUUAAUCUUGGUGGCAAUUCUUUAUAUGCUGAGAAUUUGAACUGGGUAUCUAGUCUUUCUUCCCUCCAACAUCUUGAUUUAAGUACUAUAGAUAUUCAAAAUCCCUCUUACUUGUUUUCCAUGAUAAACACACUUCCUUCUUUACAAGUGUUGCGAUUAUCAUGUUGUGGACUCACUUACCUUCCUGAUCCGCUACCAAACCUAAAUUUUUCAUCUCUUGUUAACCUUGAUCUUUCCUCAAACUUUAUUAGUAACUUUUUGAUUCCUAGUUGGAUUUUCAGUCUUAGUGAUUUAGUUAGUCUUAAUCUACAUGCUAUGAAUUUCCCAGGUCAAAUUCCAGAGGGAGUUCAAAAUUUGACUUCCCUAAGGCAUCUUGAUUUAUCUGCAAAUUUUUUCAAUGGUUCAUUACCUAAUAGUUGGUCGUAUAGAUUUAACAAUCUUGAGUACCUUAAUCUUGAUGAAAAUGAAUUACAAGGUCGGAUUCCAAAUGAUCUUGGAAACUUAACUUCCAUCAAAGUAUUAGAUUUGGCAGACAAUGACAGACUUAAAGGAGGAAUUCCAAGAUCAUUUGAAAAUCUUUGCAACUUGACUUCACUGUCUUUGACCUUUGUUAACAUGGGUCAAGACAUAUCUGAAAUCUUAGACAUAUUUUCAGGAUGUGUCGCAAAUAAACUAGAGAUGUUAAAUUUGGGAAGUUGUCAACUUUCGGGUAAUUUGACCAAUCAAUUGGGGAAAUUCAUAAAAUUGGAGACUCUUAUUCUACAGAAUAACUCUAUUUCAGGUCUCAUACCAUGGAAAUUAGGAGAACUUUCAUCAUUGCAAGAAUUGGAUCUCUCUUUCAACAAAUUUGGCGGAUCUCUUUUUCCAUUUCAUUUUGUAAAUCUUACUAGACUAGUCUAUUUUGAUGCGUCAAGAAACUCAAUAAUGUUCAAAAUUAGUCCUAAGUGGGUUCCUCCUUUUCAACUUGAAGUGUUACUCUUAGGAUCUUGUCAUUUAGGACCUCAAUUUCCAUUAUGGGUUCUUUCACAAGCAACUUUAUCUCUUUUGGAUGUAUCCAACUCAGGAAUAUGUGAUAUUAUUCCUAACAAAAUUUGGGAGAUUUCUUCACUUUUUUCUUUAAAUUUCUCUCACAACCAAAUCAAUGGGAUGAUUCCGAACAUAAUGGGGGCUUUUAAACUUUUUUCACUUGACUUAAGUUGGAAUAAUUUAUCAGGAUCUCUACCUCGUAUACCUACAAGUUUGUUUGGACUUGAUCUUUCAAACAAUGAUGUUACAGGGCCCAUGUUCAAUUUGUUGUGUUAUGGGGUGAACGAUUCGAAGUUAUUAGGUAUUCUCAAGCUUGAAAAUAAUUCUUUAUCUGGAGAAUUACCUGAUUGUUUGAUGAAUCUACCAAAAUUGAUUGUUCUGAAUCUGAACAAUAAUAACUUUACUGGGAAAUUGCCACACUCCAUAGGAACUUUGAGUUCCCUUGAAUCAUUACAUCUUCACAACAACAAUUUCUUUGGAAUAAUACCUUUGUCACUUAAAGGUUGUACCAAGCUAAUAGCACUUGACCUUGGGGAAAAUGAGUUCGUUGGAAAUGUGCCAGCAUGGAUUGGAGAAAGCUUUCUGGGAAUGAAAUUUCUCAAUCUCCGUUCAAAUAAGUUUACUGGUCUUUUGCCAAAUGAACUUUGUCAUCUAACUUCUUUACAAGUGUUAGAUCUUGCAGAUAACCUUCUUCUUGGAUCUAUACCAGGAUGUAUCAGUAACUUAACCGAUAUGGUGAUAAUAAGCCAUUCAACACCCAACAAUAUAGCAUAUUUUUACAACUAUGCUAACUUUGUUGAUGAAGAAGCAAUUGUUGUGAUGAAAGGGAGAGCUGCUAAAUAUAAUACAAUUCUUAACUUGGUAAGAAUUAUUGAUUUUUCCAAAAAUAAGUUCACAGGAGAAAUCCCUAAGGAGUUGAUGAGUCUUAAAGUAUUGCAGUCCUUAAAUUUAUCUCACAAUCUUCUCACUGGUAGAAUUCCUGAGAAUAUUGGUGUUAUGAGAUCGUUGGAGUGUAUUGAUUUUUCUGCAAAUCAACUCUGUGGUAGCAUCCCACAAAGUAUGUCAAAUUUGACAUUUUUGAGCUAUUUGAAUCUGUCAAAUAACAACUUGAUUGGGAAGAUCCCUUUGAGCACCCAAUUGCAAAGUUUGGAUGCAUCCUGUUUCGUUGGAAAUGAACUUUGCGGAUCUCCACUUCCAAAUAAUUGUACUACAAUUGUUCCAACACCUGAGUUUGACAAUGGAGGAGUAGCAAAUGUUAGUGAAGAUGAAGUGGAUUGGUUUUAUGUCAGCAUGGCACUUGGAUUUGUGGUUGGGUUUUGGAGCAUGAUAGGCCCUCUUGUUGUAAACAAACGAUGGAGUUAUUUUGGUACUUCAAGCAUUCAAUGUUGUAAUACAACAAUACCAAGGGCUUUAUGUGUGUAUAAAGAUUUGCUUUUUGUUGCAAAUGGUGUCAAUACUGUCAUGUCUUUUUCAGUUCAAACCAAAAACGAGAUUGUUCUGGGUUUGAACGACAAUUACUUUAGAGUUUCGGAAUGGGUUGUUCCAUACCAUUUUGUUGCUGAGGGAUAUUGCUGCACAUGGACUGGUGUUAUCUGCAACAAUUUCACUGGUCAUGUAAUUGAGCUCCACCUUGGAGGUUCUGACAAUACUAGUGAUGAGAGGACAAGGUUUGGCGGCAAGAUAAAUUUGUCUUUACUUGAUUUAGAGCGUCUGAUUUACUUGGACUUAAGCGAUAAUCUUUUUGAAGGGAUUCAGAUUCUGAAGUUUCUUGAUUUAAUGAAGAAUUUAAGAUACCUUGAUCUGUCUGCUCUAGAUUCAAGGGAAUGUUGGAUUUUCAGUCUUGGUGAUUUAGUGGUUCUUAAUCUACGUGUUAGUAAUUUCUUAGGUAAAAUUCCAGAUGGACUUCAAAAUUUGACUUCCCGAAGGACUCUUGAUUUAUCUAGAAACCCUUUUAAUGGUUUAUUAUCUAAUAGUUGUUUGUACAGAUUAAACAAUCUUGAGUACCUUAAGCUUCAGGUGAAUGAAUUGCAAGGUGGUAUUCCAAAUGAUAUUGGAAACAUGACUUCCAUCAAAGAAUUUGAUCUGUCAGACAAUAACAGACUUGAAGGAAGAAUUCCAGGAUAA